AUGUCCAACUCAUUGCCUAACAACACGGGGACGGCAGCCAAUGGUGGUGGCGCAACACCAUACAUAGAUAUGCAUGCAUUGCAACAUCAACAUCAUUUGCAACAACAGCAACAACUCCAAAUCCAACAGAUAUUACUUUAUCAGCAGCAUCAACAACAACAUCUCCAACUCCAACAAUCAAUGAUGCAAUAUCAACAACAACAACAGCAACAACAGCAACAGCAACAACUUAUGCAGGUUCAGGUUCAGGUUCCUCAUCAGCUGACAACAAGUCCUACACCACCGCCAGCCCCGCCUCUUCCAACUCCACCACCUCCAAUAUCACAUGCCAAAGAGUCAAUCAAGUAUAAACUUCUGAAUAAAGGGCUUAACGGAGGUGGCAAUUCAGUAGGGACAGCGGCGGCAUCAACAACUUCAUCAACAUCAUCACCUUCACAAGGAUCAUCAUUAUCCUCAUCAACUUCAUCACCAUCACUCCAACACCAGGAACAUUCAUCGCCAACCAUUUUAAGCCCGAGGAAACCAAACAACCUCAACGGCAACUCCUCCCCUAACUUCACAAACUAUUCACCAUCUCCCCUAUCACUGGCACAUCUUGCCAUUAGUCCACAGAUGUCAUAUUACCAAGGAACCUUUCCACCGAUACCCUAUUCACUAGUACUUAAUCCACAAUAUUAUCCAAUGUAUCAUACUAUUAGUAGUAGUCCAAUGGGACCACCAUCAUUGGGCUCAUCACAUGAGACUAUGAGGAGCAGAUCGUUGGACGAGUACACUCCACCUAGUUUGGCACCAGACAGUCCUGAUCUUGGCAAGUUCAAACCAAUCAAUUUCUCUGCUCAACGUUUAGUCAUUGGCAAUUGGGACCUAAACUGCAAGUCAUUGGACAUCACCGCCAAGAUCUAUUUCACCAAGAAGCAACUAGUAUGGGAGCUACUCAAAGUCAACACCAAGUACAAGAUUCAAAUAUCAUUCGCAGACAUAUCAUCCAUGGUAGUCACUGAUUUAAACGCAGAGUCACUAUCACUCACAAUUGAGUUGUCAAGAGUACCAAAGUUCUUUAAGGAGAUCAACCCUCAACCAAAGAAGAAUACAACUUGGAUUGGAUGUGGCGACUUUAGUCCGAGGUACCAGGCCUCGGUCUACCGACGCCAGACACUCUACGCCAAGAAGGCCAACAUCACCAAGCAUCUUGAGAAGCUGAGGAAGUCCGAUGUGACAAUGAACAAGUAUCUCCAAGAAAACAGAUUCUCCACCGAUGCCCUCUACUUCCCUGGUGAAGAUCCCAACUCCCCAGACAACUAUGUAAUCACUCCACGCGGCACCCGUACCGCCACCCCCAUAUCAGCCCAAACAAACAACGGCUCUUCCACAACAUCAACAUCAACAACAGAUCACCAACUACAACAACAACAGAAUCAAUCACAGCAACAUGCCUCCACCAACAACAAUGAUAUCAUUGACCAACCAGCCUUGUCAUCCAGCCACCAAGAACUAUCGUCUGACUCGGCACCUCAUUCACCCUCGACAUCAAGCUCACAGCCAAGCGACUUCCAGGUGCCACCCUUGCCAAUGUCCAAUCCAUUGUCACUAUGGUCUGCCUUUGAAGGCGACGGCAUGGGUAUGGGCUUGGGGAUGGGACUACUCCCAAGCAACCCAUUCAUACAACCCAAUAUGGACAAGAUGUCCAAUGCACUACUUCCUGAUAUUGUCCAACAGAGUGGACAUCAAUCACAUCAAACAACACCGACCUUCUCCGAGAUGUACUAUCCAGAGAUACCAUGUCAUGUAUAUAAUCCAAACAUGUAUCUCCAAGGCCAUGUCCAACAAGGCAAUGGCAGUGUCCACCUCAACACCAUGGACGCCAUGCACAUGAUGGGCGGCUUCACAAUGGGCAAUCACCAAGACGACAACUACCAUAUGUCGUAUCCAGUGGCGCCAGAUACAUCAUCGCCAUCAACAACCACUACCACCACAACUAGUACAACUACAACAACCGCAGCAACAACAACACCAACUCAACUGACAGCAAUCAACAACAUUGGGUCGACCUCUUAUGAUGGUCUCAUGUCUCCACAUACAGCCAAAAUGUCACCUGGCGGCAACAGACAUCAUCCAUAUUCACCGGGCACCAUGCACCUUCAAUCAAGAACAAUGAAUGAAUAA